GGCCGUCCUGUGCUAUUCGGCUACCUGGUCGCCUAUCUACAUGACACUGAUUUGCUGCUUAGAUGACACCUCGCGGCCCCAUGCGCCUUAUCCAUUCCCGAUGGGAUGGGCAAGGGAAGGCUAGCUCUCGCCGAACCUCACCUAACCAAGGGAGAGGCGUGAACGGGUUGCUGACCGUGCAUUUAGCAUCAUGCCACGCGGCCUUGCCUUGUCUUUUUCUUUUUCUCCUUCGCCCACUGCUCCCUUUCUCCGUUUCUUUCUCUCCCGCCUUUGCCUUUUUUCUUUCUUUUUUUUUUCCCGCGUGGAAAGUCUAUCACUUUUCUUGCCCCUAAGCCUGUAUAGUGGAGGGCGGAACCAGG